GGACACCUGAGCAGCCAUUUGAUUUAGCUCAUCAGAUUCUAGAAGCACAAGGUCAAACUGGAAUUGUUACUGCGAUAUCAGGAGAGCUAGACAUUAGCGAAAGACCUGUGACUUCAACUGACAGAACAACUGAACACAAAAAGAGCAAGAAAAAGGGAAGAAAGAAAACAAAAAAAAACAGUACUGCCACCUGGUCCAUGGGUGACCAAGUUACAUCUGGCUGACAAUGGGAUUGAUGCCAUGGGGCAAGAAAGGGAGACCGGUGUGUUGGAAUUUUCUCAGCUGCUGAGCAGUCUGAUCCGUUACUCAGAGCAGCUUUCUGAACUGGAUCUUGAUAACAAUUGUCUAGGAGAAAUGUCAGCCACUGACAUCCUGGAGGCCCUGACCUACAGAAAUCAAGGAAAGUUACCACGCUUGAAAAUUAAAGUCACAGCCCAAAUUUCAUCAAUUACAUUUAAAGCCAUCCUAAAACAGAGUAGAAAACUGAAAGUCUCAAAGAAGAAAAGGAAGAAGGUA